AGGGCCUUCCAGGCAGGAAGGGGGGGAAGGCUGGGAAUGUUGCAGCCUGGAGUUCAUGGGACGCUCUGGUUUCACUGUUGUUGAGGAGAAAAUGUCCAGAGUACAGAUACUUUAGGUAAAGAGAUGGAUCGGCUUUGACCGUGCGUAUCUUUUAAAGGUUUUUUUCCCCCCCAAUCCUACAUUUGGAAGUGCUGCCUUUAAGUGAGAGCACUAAGCUCACCAACCUAAUGUGCCUUUGAGAAGAAGUCGGUUGCUGCACAUGGAAACCCCGUUUUUUUCUUGGGGCCAGCGAAAAGAUCACAGCUUACCUUGGGGCCGCUUUUCUGCACACCAUCAAAGUUAAGUAAUGGUCUGAAAAAGCAAGCAGCCUUGCAGAGUUUCCAAAGAAAAGCCAAUGACUGGCGGUAUCUGACUGAUGGGUCAUCUCCGCCUCAGUGACCCUCCAUCUGAUCCUUCUGCUCCAGCUAAUGGAGCACUCAUAAGCUUGUUUUAGGAGAGGACUUUGAGCACACAUCCAAAUCCUGUGAUCUGCCUUCUGCUUUCGGCACACCGAGAUUGUCUUAUAAUAAUAAAAAGCGGUUUAUGAUCGACAUUGACAUGGCGUCGCUGAACCUUGCAUCGGGAAGAGACACAAAAUGGCUCACCCUGGAGGUGUGUCGACAGUUUCAACGGGGAAAUUGUUCACGCAGCGAUGAGGAGUGCAAAUUUGCUCAUCCGCCAAAGAGCUGCCAAGUGGAAAACGGGAGGGUCAUCGCCUGCUUUGACUCGCUAAAGGGCCGAUGCUCUAGAGAAAACUGCAAAUACCUUCAUCCGCCUUCGCACUUAAAGACUCAGUUAGAAAUAAACGGGCGCAACAAUUUGAUCCAGCAGAAGACAGCGGCUGCAGUGCUCGCCCAGCAGAUGCAGCUGAUGAUCCCGACAGCCGGUCUACAGACUGUGGUAAGUACCUUAUAUGGUUCCUUUGGAGGAAGAACAUUUCCGCCUUGUGUUUGUCUUCUCACUUCACGAAUAACAUUUCCUCCUACACAGGGUCUUGGCACAAACUCUGGUCUGGGCUACGGUUCAUACUUAACACCCCUGAGCCACGGCAUGAGCCACGGCAUGAGCUUGGUUCCAACAGACAUCCUACCCAGCAACCAGGUUCUUGUUCAAGGGAACUCUCCUGUCACAGUUCAGAGUUCGCCUUCUUCUUCCUCCUCUUCCCCGUCACAGAAGCUCCAGCGUUCUGACAAACUGGAGGUGUGCCGUGAGUUCCAGCGAGGAACCUGCGCCCGAGGGGAGACAGAUUGCCGCUUCGCUCACCCCAGCGACAGCCCAAUGAUCGACACCAUCGACAACACCGUCACUGUUUGCAUGGACUACAUCAAGAGCCGCUGCACCCGGGACAAGUGCAAGUAUUUCCACCCGCCCGCGCACUUGCAGGCCAAAAUUAAGUCCAGUCAACAUCAGAGUGCCAUGGCGGCCCAGGCCACAGCUGCAGCCGUGACUCAGUCGACUGCCAAAGCAAUGAAGCGACCCCUCGAGGCAACUGUAGACCUGGGCUUCCCUCACAGCAUCCUCCAACCUCUACCAAAGAGACCAGCUCUGGACAAAUGCAACUGGGCAAGCGCACUGCUCAGCCCCAGUUUGUUGCACUACCAGCAGGCUCUGGCCAACACACAACUGCAGCAGCAAACGGCCGCAUUCUACCCUGCAGGUUCUGUUUUGUGUAUGACUCCUGCAAACAACAUCAUCCCCAUGAUGUACAGUGCUACGCCUGCUAGUGUCUCUGCAGCAACUUCUCCCGCCACAAGUGUCCCCUACGCAGCAACAGCACCAGCCAAUCAGAUCAUUCUGAAGUAACCACCAGGUCUCCGUGCCACAACGCCGCAGUGGAAAAGCAACAACCGGUGUGUACAUACUGUGCUCACAGCGCACGUCACCUGCAGCAAGCAUGCUGAAUGCAUCACCACUCAAUAGGAAGGAGUAAACAAUACACUAGCUCAUUUCCCGAUUGUGCGUGGCACCUGUAAAGUUGUUGUAAUAUGCAUCAUAUUUAUACAACCCCCCCCCCAGAGCAAUUUGGGGGAAAAAAAAGAUGCAGAAAUACUGUACCUCCAAAUUAAGGUAAUGUACCGGAUGAUAUACACAAUCUAUACUAACAGCUAUCGGUACAAACAUUAUUGUUAUGUCCUGACAUUGUAACGAUGUAAAUAGUCAAAUCAGAUGUGCGUACACAUGGUUUGGUCGCCAUGUUAGAGAUUGUUCAACUUCCUUGGAUGCUUCAUACAAAUGUAAUGAUUGUUUUACCUUGUGCCAGAUUCAAAUUAUUUUAAAGAAACUAGUGAAAAGCACUUAUAUAUUUAACUUAUAUCCAUAUGCUCUUAGAGAUGAAGUCCCGCAGGACUGUACGGCCCUAAGCGUACAGCAGUGCUCCCAUCCAGCCCCCACCCCACCCCACCCACCACCUGGCGUGCCUUUGCAUUGCAUAGAAAGUCUGUUUGCCGAUAUUGAAUACUGCAUAACCCAAUCAAACGUCACUGCUCAUGCUCUGCGAAGGCUGAGACUCAACCUUUCUUGUUCUCCUCCAUUGUGGAAAAACAAGCUACUUAGAAUGUCUUUACCCGUUGAAUUUCCUUUAGUUAAAUGUAUUUUAGUCCAAGUGAAGUGUGACCACGGUGUGGGACUGUAACUCCAACUGUUCGAACACUGUCUUAUUUGAAUGUUACAAGUGCCUAAAGAGUUGUCAUUUUAAGGAGCUUUAGAUGAGCUUGACGUGUUGAAUCUAUUUAAAUCAGAUGUAGAAAGACGUCUUAAAUACUUUGUGAAGACUUCGCGAGUCUAUAUGUACCCUCAUUAUUAGCUAUUCCUUAUUUUUAAUUGUAUUUCCUAUUUAAGAUGAGUUUGUAGUUUUCUUCCCCAGCAUAUUUUCUUAAUAGUUAAACGUGCAGAUAAUUAGAGUUUAAGGAAGAAUGUGACGUGUAGUUAGGUUACUUGAAUCAUCGUAUGAGUUCUGUUAAGCAAAUUUAAACGUUAUUUUGUCACAGACUGAGUAUGUUUGAUCCAUACAAUCUUACUUAAGAAGUUAUUCUUUUAUUUCCUCUCCAUGAUGUUCUCUUUUUAUUGUGAAUACUUUGGAUUUUAUUGUUGCUGUCUGUAUGUAUGUAUGUAACUUUAAACAAGAAGACACUAAAACAUAUUUACUCUGUGAAUGUAACUUCUUAAAGCGGACUUUUUGUUGAGAUUCCUCCCAAAAAGAGGGAAAUUAUCUCUUUGCCUCCAUAAAAGUCGUCAUUGGUGUUCAGGUUUUUGGAGCUCCGAAAGGCUGUAGGGUGGUUGACGUAACAAAGUGCAUUGUAAGUGGGGGGGGG